GUAGGUCAACACAGGUAAGGCCAAUCCCUCUCAUUCCCUCCAGCAUCUACCGACCCAUCGUUUGAGCAACAAUGAGCACCAAGCACUUCUUCCCUCACACCGAAGGCGUGGUCGCCCAAGGACUGGAAUCACUCGUAGCUCGCAACAACCAUCUAGCUCUCGACGCGCCCAACAAAGUCGUAUACUCGAAGACACACCACCCAUCGAAAGUCACCGUGAUUUCAGGAGGAGGCAGUGGCCAUGAGCCGGCAUGGAGUGGAUACGUGGGAGACGGCAUGCUGGCAGCAGCAGUCAAUGGCGAGGUCUUUGCGAGUCCGUCGACCAAGCAAGUCAUGGCCGCGAUCAAGCAUGUUCCAUCAGACGCAGGCGUGAUCCUCUGCAUCACGAACUACACCGGCGACAACCUCCACUUCGGUCUGGCAAGAGAAAAGGCAGAAGGAUUGGGAUACAAAAUUGGCGUCCUGCGAAUGACGGACGAUGUUGCGUUGGGCAGGAAACAGACGGAGAACUUGGGCAGGCGUGGUCUGGCUGCCAAUAUGUGGGUGCUCAAGCUGUGCGGAGCUGCAGCAGAGGCUGGAUAUGAGUUCGAGAAGUGUAUGGAGGUCGGAUUCUCCGUCAACGCAAAUGCGGUGACUGUUGGCUCUUCUCUCGACCACUGCCACAUUCCUGGAAGGGAGCAUCAUCGAUCAAUACCACAGGAUGCCUACGUACUCGGAAUGGGCAUUCACAACGAGCCUGGUCUGCACGAGAUUUCUCCCAUGCCGCCGGUCGAAGAACUGGUAGGAGACAUGUUGAAAUACUGCCUGAAUCCAGAGGACAAAGACAGAGCAUUUGUCAACUUCAAAACAGACGACGCCGUCGCUCUGCUGAUCAACAACUUUGGAGGGAUGUCGAAUUUCGAGCUGGAGGCCCUGACAAGCGUAUCUCGAAAAGUGCUGCAACGUGAUUGGAAGAUCACGCCGAAGCGAAUAUACGUCUCAUGCUUUGAGACCUCGCUCAACGCUCCCGGGUGGUCAAUAUCUCUGCUGAACAUCUCUGGAAUCGAGCGUGAAACCGAGAUGUCCACGGCUACACUCCUAGAAUUGCUCGACUCAGAAACGAACGCAUCCGCUUGGCCUCGCAACGGCUACAAGGAUAUCGCUGAAGUGAAAGAAACUGCGCAGGUUGCAAAGGCGGAUCCCGAAGCGGCUGUUCAAAACGGACCUAGAGUCGAUGCGGCGCUGCUCGACUCAGCGUUGCGGACGGCUUGCAAUUCUGCAAUCAAAGCUGAGCCUGACCUCACGAAAUGGGAUAUCGAAAUGGGCGACGGCGACUGCGGCGAGGCUGUAGUGGGCAUGUGCCAGGGUGUUCUCAACAAACUCGACUCGGGACUUACCAAGCAGGGUUCCUUCUUCAACGUUCUGGACGAGGUCGGCGAGGCGGUCGAAGAGAUCGGCGGUACGCUCGGCGCCAUAAUCAGUAUCAUCCUUGCGUCCUUCACCACAAGUCUUAGGAAAGCCCAUGCAAAGGACGAGAGUGGAUUCAAGCUUGACGCCCAAAGUGCUGGUAACGCUGCCAGCGAAGCACUCAAGAAUUUGAUGAACUACACGCCGGCAAAGCAAGGUGGUCGCACGGUCAUGGACGCUCUAAUUCCUUUCUGCGAGACUCUACAGAAAGAGGCGAACCUACAGAAGGCCGUCGAGGCGUGUCAUCAGGGAGCACAGAGCACGCAUGGGAUGAAGGCAAAGUUCGGAAGAGCAACAUAUGUUGGCGAGAUUUCAGAGCCAAAAGAUGCACCACCGGAUCCCGGUGCAAUGGCCGCAGCGAUUUUCCUCCGCGGACUUCUUGAUGGCUUGAAUUGAGGUCCGUCUAGAAAGAACACGGAAAUACUCUGCAGUCUUGAUGGG